AUGUCAUCGCCCUUCUCAAUAAAUGGCGGCGCCUGCGUCGCGAUGGUCGGCAAGGACUGUGUCGCCAUCGCCUGCGACCUGCGUCUCGGCCUCCAAGCCCUGACCGUCUCCAACAACUUCCCCAAGAUCUUCAGCUACGGCGACAGCGUAUACCUGGGCCUGACGGGCCUGGCCACAGACGUGAACACCGUGUCCGACCUGUUCAGGUACAAGGUCAACAUGUAUCGCCUGCGAGAGGAGCGCGCCAUCGCACCCACCACCUUCGCCAACCUGGUCUCCAGUUCGCUGUACGAGAAGCGGUUCGGCCCCUACUUCGUCAGCCCCGUCGUUGCCGGUCUGGAGCCCAAGACGGGGAAGCCAUUCAUCUGCGGUUUCGACAGCAUUGGGUGCAUUGACUUUGCCAAGGACUUCAUCGUGAGCGGCACGGCGACGGAGCAGCUGUUUGGCAUGUGCGAGAACUUGUGGGAGCCCGAUCUGGGACCCGACGAGCUUUUCGAGACCAUCUCCCAAUCCCUACUGAACGCCGUCGAUCGAGAUGCCUUGUCAGGCUGGGGUGCACACGUCUACAUCAUCGAGAAGGACAAGGUGACGAAGAGGCUUCUCAAGGGACGACAAGAUUAA